CCCCUUCCCCUUCCCCUAUAAAAUGCCCCACUCACUCACUAAUCCAUUCAUCCCUCACAACUUGCAUUGUAACUAAGUGUUCAUAUUUCUCUCUUCUUCAAUUUUCAGGCUCAACCAUAUCUAAUGGCCACAUAUGAUGAGCUUGAAUCAUCAGCUCCGGCGACAGAAGCCGAGGGGGAUCUGUACAACGAUCCGCAGCCUGAAAAGUUUGCAGCCGCUGAAGAGGCCGAGGAGAAGCCAUAUGGCGAGAACGACGACAACAAGUAUACCAAAGAAGAAUCAACCGAAGAAACUGCGGGGAAGUCUUAUAAUGAACCUGAACCUGGACCAGAGGAAGCCGAGGAAAAGCCAUAUGUCGAAACUGAGGCCGAGAAGUUUGCUGCAGAAGAAACAACUGAAGAAACCGAGGGGGAGACAUAUAAUGAACCUGAGCUCAACAAGUACGCUGCGGAAGAAGUAGAGGGCGAGCAUGCCAGGGAAGAAGAACCAUCCAGCGGCAUGACAGACGAACAAAUGGAAGAAGCAGAGGAGGAAGAGGCAGCCGGCGAGAAAUCCGGGGAAGAGGCUUUUGUGGAGGAGGCGGAAUACGGCCGCGCCAAGGUGGCGGCGGCGGUGGCGGAGGAGGCUGAAGGGGAUCUUGGGGAGGAAACAUACAAGUACAAGCCUCCAUCUGAAGAACCUGAUCAGUAUUGAAAUUAUUUAUUUAUUUCUUUCUAUAAUGAAUGCUUUAUGAUUUGAGAUUAAUUGAGAUAUAUAUAUAUAUAUAUAUAUAUUAUGUUGUGUUUUUGUGUGGUACUGGAAUUUUUUAAGACAUUGUACAAUGUGAGUGAGUGAUUGGAUUGGCUGUGUGAUAUAUAUAUAUAUGUAUUAGGGUGGAUUUGAACAAUUCAUUUCGAUUGUUUUGGUU